AUGUCGCAUCGCUCAGCUCUAGCUCAGCUAAGAGCGCAGCGAGCUGCGGGCAAGACACGACUUGAUUCCUACCAAAUCGAAGACCAGGGUGCCAUUUACGACGAGGUUGAUGAAGACGGGUACAAGAAAGUCGUGCGAAGUCGUCUUGACAAAGAUGACUUCGUUGUUGACGACAACGGGGAAGGAUAUGCUGACGACGGUCGAGAAGAAUGGCAAAACGAACGACAAUAUUACAGUAGUGACGAUGCCGAGGAGGUUCCAUUGAAAGGGAAAGCUGCAAAGCGAAAACGGGAAGAAGAUCGUGAGAAAGAAGACCGUACGAACCACAAGAUCCUCACAUACUUCAACAAUGGCCCUGUUGCUGCUCCCAAGCCAAAGAUCCAAACUACUGCCGAAGACGAAGCCUUCAUGGCCGAUCUCCUCGGAGAAGUCGACGCCAAUAUUCUCUCUACACGCACGUACACGGCAAAGCCAGUCAAGUCCGAAAACCGACGCAAGGUCAGAGUGCUCUCUCCUCCACCUUCUCGCGAGCAACCCCGACCAAAACCCCAAGCCCAACCUACCGAGCUGGUCGACACUCCUCCCCCACAAGCUGCACAAGAAGAGGACGAUCAUCUGCCAACAUUUGAUGACGACAACGUUAUGAGCGACCCUCUUCCUUCGUCUCCCGUCGUCAAGGCUGUCGAGCGCAAGACGAGGGUGCAGAUCAAGGAGGAGGACGAAGAUGAAGAUGUCAUGGAUGUUGCACAAGUCGUUGGGCAUGCAGCACCUCAAUCGACAAGUGUUAACAUGACUGGCAGCAGACCACCACCAAAGAUCAAGUCGCCACAACUUCCAACGCCCCAGAGCUCUUCUCCGCCGUUGCCCCCAAUCAACGAAGUGGACGCCUCUUCAUGGAACAAGAUCGCCAGCAAGCUCAAUAUCCAGAGCAGUCCAUCUUCAGAAACUCGAAUCUUCGGCAAGAUGAAGCCUCAAGAUGCUGUUGAAGAGGACGGCAGUUUGCGUAUGUUCUGGCUCGACUACACCGAAGUCAAUGGCAGUCUUUGCCUCUUUGGAAAGGUCAAGGACAAGACGAAUGGACAAUACCGCAGCGCAUUCAUCAAGGUUGAUAACAUUCUCCGCAAGCUCUUCUUCCUUCCGAGGAAGUAUAGGGUGGUCAACGGCCAGGAGACUAGCGAGGAAGUCGAGAUGGACGAUGUGUACGGUGAAGUCGACACGUUGAUGUCCAAAAUGAAGGUUUCCACCAGGAAAGUCAAGCCAUGUACUCGAAAGUACGCAUUUGAGCUCCCUGAUGUCCCGAAGGAAGCCGAAUACCUCAAGCUUCUCUACCCUUACGAUAAGAACCCGCUCCCAAUGGACCUGCAGGGAGAGACCUUCUCCCGUGUAUUCGGCACGAACACGGCUUUGUUUGAACAGUUUGUGCUGUGGAAGAACAUCAUGGGGCCAUGUUGGUUGAACAUCGAGGACGCCGACUUUAGCGCCGUCAAUAAUGCUUCAUGGUGUAAGCUGGAAUGUGCUGUCACCAAACCCGCCAACAUCACCGUCUUGAGCAACUCUGAUAACCUCGAAGCUCCGCGUCUUACGUUAAUGUCUUUGGCGUUCCGGACCCAACUGAAUGUCAAAGAGAAUAGGCAGGAAAUCUUGGUUGCAAGUGCUCGUGUGUACGAGAAUGUCUCACUGACUGACACUACUCCUCCGGAAGAAAUGCCGUCGAGGACAUUCACAGUGAUGCGACCGUCUGGAUCUGCUUACCCGGUCGGCUUCGAAGCUGAAACCCAAAAGCGAGAUGAUACAUUUAUGCUUGAAAAAACCGAACAGUUUCUCCUUAGCAAGUUCCUCGCACUUUUUGAAAGAGUCGACCCGGAUGUUUUAAUUGGCCACCAACUUCAAGAAGUCGACUAUAGCAUUCUUCUCAGUCGCUUGAAAGAGAAGAAAACUCCAGGGUGGCACCGGAUCGGUCGACUGAAACGAGGAGAGUGGCCAAAAUCCUUUGGAAGAGGCGCUACAUUCUUCGCCGAGAGACAGCUAUUGGCAGGGCGGCUUAUGUGCGACCUGGCAAAUGAUAUGGGCAAGUCGUUGAUGACCAAAUGUCAACAGUGGAGCUUGACCGAGAUGUGCGAUCUUUAUCUCGGACCAGACAAUCGUCGCCGCGAACUGGACAACGAAGCAGCCUUAAAGACAUGGGCAACCACUCGCGAUGGCUUGCUCAACUAUGUCACCCACUGCCACGCCGAUACCUUUUUCAUCGCGGCACUUGCCCUGAAAUUGCAAAUGCUGCCAUUGACUAAAGUUCUUACAGAACUUGCUGGGAACUCGUGGGCUCGUACCCUGAGCGGCACACGUGCCGAACGCAACGAGUAUAUUCUGCUCCACGAGUUUUACCGCAACAAAUACAUUUGUCCCGAUAAAGAGUAUGGCAAAGGUCGUGCGAAACAGACCCAAGAAAAUGAGGACGACGACGAAGGAGCGGACACCAAAAAGAAGGACAAGUACAAAGGUGGUCUCGUCUUUGAGCCUGAGAAAGGUCUGUACGACAAGUUCAUCCUUGUGAUGGACUUCAACAGUUUGUACCCCAGCAUCAUUCAAGAAUACAACAUCUGCUUCACAACUGUUGAUCGAUCGGCUACCGCCGAAAAUGAGAAGGAAGAGAAAGUGCCAGAGGUCCCCGUCGAUCAACCUCAAGGUAUCUUACCAAAACUGAUCGCCAACCUCGUCACACGCCGGAAGGAAGUCAAGAAACUGAUGAAGGACAAACGAGCCUCCACCGAGCAACAGGCACUCUGGGAUACCAAACAACUGGCGUUGAAACUUACAGCCAAUUCCAUGUACGGGUGUCUCGGCUAUACCCAGUCCCGCUUCUAUGCACGGCCACUGGCCAUGCUUACGACCUUCAAAGGUAGAGAAAUCUUGAGAAGUACGAAGGAACUUGCAGAAAGCAACCAACUCCAGGUCAUCUAUGGCGACACCGAUUCCGUUAUGAUCAACACCAACGCGGACAACAUUGCGCAGGCUCUGAGUGUCGGCGUAGACUUCAAACGUUCGGUCAACGAGAGAUACAAGCUGUUGGAGAUUGACAUCGACAACAUUUUCCGACGCUUGUUGCUGCACGCCAAAAAGAAGUAUGCUGCCAUCAACAUGGCCGAGGUGGAUGGCAAAUAUGUUGAGAAACUUGAAGUCAAAGGUCUUGACAUGAAGAGAAGAGAGUACUGCGCCUUGUCCAAAGAGGCGUCUCAGAAGCUUCUGAACGAAAUCCUUUCAGGCGAAGAUUCCGAGGUUGUCCUCGAGAAGAUUCACGAAUACCUUCGGGAACUGUCGAGCAAGAUGAGGGAAAACGCAAUUCCAGUUCAGAAAUAUGUCAUUUACACGAAACUUGGCAAGAACCCAACAGAAUACCCUAAUGCCGAUUCGAUGCCUCAGGUGCAAGUCGCUCUUCGUGAGAUUAGUCGAGGCAAAACUGUCCGAGUCAACGAUGUCAUGUCUUACAUUGUAACAAUGGGAGACGAACAGACAAAAGGCUUACCUGCGCCGAAGCGAUCUUACACGCCUCAGGACGUACAGAAACCAGAUUCUGGCCUUGUCCCGGACGUCGAAUACUAUCUCCACAAACAGAUAUUCCCGCCUAUUGAAAGGCUGUGCGCACCCAUCCCCGGCACCGAUUCUGUCAGACUAGCCGAAUGCCUAGGUCUGGACGUUCGCAAAUAUCAGAUUAACACUUCGACCGGCGGGACUCAACGAAGUGCCGAAAUAUUUCCCCUUGAAUCGCAAAUCCCUGACAGCAUCCGGUUCCAAGACGCCGCGAGACUCAGUCUGAGGUGUAGAGAGUGCAAGCAGGCGACGAUUUUCGAAGGAAUUUGUGAUUCGACAGAUUCAUGCACACCCGAGGGUAUCUUGUGCAGCAAUGCCGAUUGCAAGCAGCCCCUUCCACGGAUGAGGAUUGUCAUGCAACUAGAGUCGCAGAUUCGAGCGCAGACCUCUGCCUAUUACGAGGGCUGGCUGGUCUGUGACGAUCCAUCGUGCGGCAGCCGAACCCGACAAAUGUCGGUCUAUGGCCAUCGAUGCCUAGGUCCGAACGGACGUGCUGAAGGCUGCCUUGGCCGGAUGUCAUACGAAUACUCGGAGAAGAAGUUGUACAACCAACUGUUGUAUUUUGCGGCACUGUUUGAUGUUGAGAAGGCCAAAAACAAGGCGCGAUCAGAAAAGGAAUACGCAGAAAAGAAGGAUCGGAUAAUGGUGCUCGCGGAGACGAACAAGGAAUCAUUUGAGGGGAUCAAAGCUGUGGUGGAUGGAUAUCUAAAGAAAUGUGGGCGGCAGUGGGUGGAGAUGGACUCGCUGUUCAGCUUUGCUAUUAUGAAGUGA